AUGAACAAGGCCAAGGAGGGCAUUCCCUUCGUCGAUGGCAAGCUGUUCAAUGAGGAAUUCAAUGCCUUCCUCCUGGAGGUGUUGGGGCCUGAGACUGAGGCGGAUAAGGCGGCCAGGAAGGGCAAAAAGGAGGAGAAGGUCGUCAAGGACAUUGAGGACUUGAUGCCUCGCGACAUGCUCGAAGCCAAGAAUAACAAGGAAUCGCUGGCCCUCCGGACUGACAAGUUCGGGGAGGGCGUGCUGACCCGCUUCCCGCCCUAGCCGAACGGCUUCCUCCAUAUCGGCCAUGCGAAGGCGAUCCGCUUCAACUUCUAGAUCGCAAAGAAGCACGGCGGCAAAUGCUACCUGCGCUUUGACGACACCAACCCGGACCGCGAGGACAUCGACUUCAUCAACAUGAUCAAAGAGAACAUCGCGUUCAUGGGCUACGAGCCCUGGAAAGUCACCUUUUCCUCGGACUACUUCGGGGAGAUCUACGAGCUGACUGAGAGGCUGAUACAGAUGGGCCAUGCGUUCAUGUGCCACGAGAGUCAGGAGGUGCAGCGCUAGAAGAGGAGGCUCGGCUAGCCCUCCCUCUACCGGGACCGCUCUCCCGAGGAAAACCUGGAGCUGUUCCGAAAGAUGCGGGACGGAGGGUUCAAGGAAGGCGAGGCGUGCCUGCGGGGGAAGAUUGAUUACAAGCAUCCGAACACGACCAUGCGAGACCCCGUGAUCUACCGGAUAAAGUUCAAAGAGCAUCCCAAGACCGGCAGCAAGUGGUGCAUCUACCCCAUGUACGACUACACCCACCCCAUCUGCGACUCCUUGGAGGGCAUCUCCCACUCCCUCUGCACCCUGGAGUUCGAGAUCCGCAGGGAGCUGUACUACUGGCCGCUGCAGGUGCUGAACCUCUACCGGCCCACUGUCUGGGAAUACUCUCGGCUCAACAUCUCCUACAACAUCAUGUCCAAGCGCAAGAUCGAGAGGCUUGUCGCGGAGGGGCUGGUCGACGGCUGGGCUGACCCCCGGCUGUUCACCGUCGAGGGCAUGCGCCGCAGGGGCAUCAGGGUCCAGGCCAUCAAGCGUUUCUGCGAGGAGGUCAGCGUCACCCGUCGCGGCAACGAAAAUGUCAUCGCCAUCGAGCUGUUCGAAAACAUCGUCAGGAAGGAUCUGGACGACCUCUGCCCCCGCAACUUUGCGAUCACUGAUCCUGUCCGCCUCGUGAUCACCAACCUCCCCGAGCCCCUGCAGGUGGAGUGCCCCAACUUCCCCAAGAACAAGGCUCUUGGCAGCCACGUGCUCACACUCACCGAGUAGCUGUUCGUGGAGCGUGCGGAUGUGAGGUUUGAAGACGACCCGAAUUUCUUCGGCAUUGCGCCAGGAAAGUUCGUGGGGUUGAAGUACUCCGGGGUCUUGAAAAUCCUGGAGGUCAAGAAAGAUGAGGCCGGAGAGGUGAUGGUGAAGGCCGAGCUGACCAAAGAGGCAAAACCAAAGUCAUACCUGCACUGGCUUUCCCUGCAAGACUCAGUCCCAGCAGAGUUCAAAAUCUACGACCGGCUCUUCACUGUGCCAAACCCCGCUUCCCUGGACAAGCCGUAGACCGGGAUCAACCCGACCUCCCUGGUGCUAAGGAAGGGGAUGGUCAGCAAGUCGGCCCUGGAGCACGAGCGCGUGCAGUUCGAGAGGCUCGGCUUCUACCUGCAGGACAGGGAGGCCUGCUCGUGGAGCCGUAUCAUCGGACUGGCCUCGGAGUAG